AUGCAUGAAGGCCAGGAUGUGAGAGAACAUGUCCAUACUAUGAUCUGGCUUAUAGAGCAGCUGGAGGCAUUGGAUUUUUCCAUGGACUUUUCUCUCCAGAUGGAUUUGAUCCUUCAAUCCUUGCUAGGGUCUUUUGGAAGUUUUAUUACAAACUUCCAUAUGACAAAACAAGAAUGCACUUUGGCUAGUCUUCUUAAUAUUCUUGUGAUUGCUCAAGGUAAUAUGCCUGGUAAGAGGGGCAAGGAAGUGGCACUUGUUACUUCUUCUUCAUCUGGUAAGACCAAAAAGAAGAACAACAACAAGAAGAUGCUAUCUUUCGCUCCUAGUCCUUUUGGUAGAAUGGACAUGUAA